CCGUGUAAGUUAAUGUGUAACACGGCAUAUCGCAUUUCCGGUAGCAUAGGGAACAGACGAAUAAAGAAAGAGGAUGAUUUUAUUGAAGAUCAUCUCCUUUCUGUGCUUGUGGGGAAAAGUUCAUGGAGUGUCAUGUCCUUCAUUGCCUAAUCCUGCAAAUGGAAUCAUCAAUAUCGUGGGUAACACAGCAGGCUACACGUGUUACCCGGGCUAUGAGAUCGGUUUUUGUCUUUCGAACCUGCGACACAAACACAGGAGUCUGGUCUGGCGUUCACAGCAACUGCACCAUCAAGGACUGCGGUAUACCCAGCAAUCCCCAGAAUGGUUAUACAAACUACACUAGCACAACAUACGGAUCUGUGGCAGUGUCAGGAUGUCUGGAAGGUUACAUUUUAACUGCUGGUGUUGGCGGUGAAAAUAGGACCUGCACCCUUAACAAGACGUGGACAGGAGGAAUCCCCACAUGCACCAUCAUACGUUGCAGCAAUUUGACGGAUCCAGUUAACGGUAGAGUGACCUACCCAGACAAUACUUACAGCUCUAUUGCAACAUUCACGUGUAAUGAAGGCUACGGGAUGAAUGGUGACAGUCAGCGGACUUGUGGGUUGAUUGGCUGGAACUCUACCUCCCCUACCUGUACUAUCAAGGUCAGGCUUGCUAUAUGGAGCUAUGACUACCGUAACUGUACUCUCACAGACUGUGGCCGUCUGGAGGUAACCAAUGGUGAUGUUACUUUCUCCAAUGGACUUACAACAUUUAAUGAGAUAGCCUCGUACACUUGUAAGACUGGUUACGAUCUGAGAGGAUCGGCCACCCGUACCUGUGAGGCGUCCGGCAAUUGGAGCUUGUCGGCACCGACCUGUGUUAUCUUGGACUGUGGCUCUCUUACAAUAAACAAUGGUGUUGUUACCCUCUCCAAUCGAGCUACAACAUUUAAUGAGACAGCCACCUACACUUGUAACACUGGUUACCAUCUGACUGAAGAAGCUGUACGUACCUGUGAGGCAUCUGGCAGAUGGAGCAUGUCUGCACCGACUUGUGUCAUACGCGAUUGUGGCUUUCUAAGCGACCCUGUUAAUGGACUUGUGAACUUUGUUGAUGGGACAACGUAUAAUAGAUCUGCCGCAUAUUCAUGUAUCCCUGGAUAUGAAAUGAAUGGACCUAUGCUGAGAGUUUGUCAAGCAGACGGAACGUGGGAGGGAAUUGCACCGACCUGCCUGAUACAUGACUGUGGAGCCCCACCUACCUACAACAACACCCAGGUCAAUAUGACGAGGUCAACGUACGGAUCCACAGUGUCGUACAGCUGUAAUACCGGCUACAACCGGACCUCUAGAGAGAACUCGGUCUUGAUAUGCAAUGCUACUGGUUACUGGGACGGCACAGUAGACCCAUGUUUACCUGUCGAUUGCGGACUCCCUGCAUAUGUAGUAAACAGUGUGUACAGACUUAAUGGGGAGAACAGAACCACUUACGGGAGCGUCGUCAACUACAGCUGUGCAACGGGCUAUUACCAGUCUGGGGGACAGUCACAGCUCGCGUGUAACACGGAGGGUCAGUGGACAGGCAACCGUAUCAACUGCACAAUAUAUGAUUGUGGCCUACCUACGCCUGUAGCAAACAGUGUGUACAGACUGAAUGGAGAGAACAGAACCACUUACGGGAGCCACGUCAACUACAGCUGUGCAACGGGCUAUUACCAGUCUGGGGGAGUGUCACAGCUCGAGUGUAACACGGAGGGUCAGUGGACAGGCAACCGCAUUAACUGCACAAUAUAUGACUGUGGAGCCCCACCUACCUACAACCACACCCAGGUCAAUGUGACGAGGUCAACGUACGGGUCCACAGUGUCGUACACCUGUAAUACCGGCUACAACCGGACCUCUAGAGAGAACUCGGCCUUGAUAUGCAAUGCUACUGGUCACUGGGACGGCACAGUAGACCCAUGUUUACUUGUCGAUUGCGGACUCCCUGCAUAUGUAGCAAACAGUGCGUACAGACUAAAUGGAGAGAACAGAACCACUUACGGGAGCCACGUCAACUACAGCUGUGUAACGGGCUAUUACCAGUCUGGAGGAGUGUCACAGCUCGAGUGUAACACGGAGGGUCAGUGGACAGGCCACCGCAUCAACUGCACAAUAUAUGAUUGUGGCCUACCUACGCCUGUAGCAAACAGUGUGUACAGACUGAAUGGAGAAAACAGAACCACUUACGGCAGCCUCGCAAACUACAGCUGUGUAACGGGCUAUUACCAGUCUGGGGGAGUGUCACAGCUCGAGUGUAACACGGAGGGUCAGUGGACAGGCAACCGUAUCAACUGCACAAUCUAUGACUGUGGAGCCCCAACUACCUACAACCACACCCAGGUCAAUGUGACGAGGUCAACGUACGGGUCCACAGUGUCGUACACCUGUAAUACCGGCUACAACCGGACCUCUAGAGAGAACUCGGCCUUGAUAUGCAAUGCUACUGGUCACUGGGACGGCACAGUAGACCCAUGUUUACUUGUCGAUUGCGGACUCCCUUCAUCUGUGGAAAACAGUGUGUACAUACUUAUUGGGGAGAACAGAACCACUUACGGGAGCUUCGUCAACUACAGUUGUGCAACGGGCUAUUACCAGUCUGGUGGAGUGUCACAGCUCGAGUGUAACACGGUGGGUCAGUGGACAGGCAACCGUAUCAACUGCACAAUCUAUGACUGUGGUACGAUCGAUAGCCUGCCAAAUGGCUUUGUGAACCAGUCUGAAGGUACGCUCUACAAUGCCACUACUCACAUCUCCUGUCUCCCUGGCUUCUAUAGGAGUCCUGACCAGCCUAGCCGGACAUGUACACAUGGCGGGAACUGGAGUGGUUUACCGGUCUCCUGUUCGAUACGUGAUUGUGGCCUGCCUGCAACUGUAGCAAACAGUGCGUACAGACUAAAUGGAGAGAACAGAACCACUUACGGGAGCCACGUCAACUACAGCUGUGUAACGGGCUAUUACCAGUCUGGGGGAGUGUCACAGCUCGAGUGUAACACGGAGGGUCAGUGGACAGGCAACCGCAUCAACUGCACAAUAUAUGACUGUGGAGUCCCAUCUAACAACAGCCACGCUCAGAUGAAUAUGACAAGUUCAACGUUCGGGUCCAUAGUUUCUUACAGCUGUAUGACCGGCUACAACCGGACCUCCAGAGGGAACUCGGCCAUGACAUGCAAUGCUACUGGUCACUGGGACGGCACAGUAGACACCUGUUUACUUGUCGACUGUGGCAAUCUGACAAUAAACAAUGGUGUUGUUACCCUCUCCAAUGGAGCUACAACAUAUAAUGCGACAGCAAUCUACACUUGUGAUACGGGUUACCUUUUGAGUGGAGAAGCUGUGCGCACUUGUGAGGCAUCUGGCAGUUGGAGCAUGUCUGCACCGACAUGUGUCAUCCGGGACUGUGGCCCUCUGACAAUAAACAAGGGUGUUGUUACCCUCUCCAAUGGAACUACAACAUAUACUGCGACAGCAACCUACACUUGUAAUACUGGUUACUAUCUGACUGGAGUAGCUUUGCGCACUUGUGAGGCAUCUGGCAAUUGGAGCAUGUAUGCACCGACAUGUGAGUGCGGUGGGGUUCUGACAGACCCGUUUGGCGUCAUCACUAGCCCCAACUACCCGCAGAAUUACACCGACUUUCUUUCUUGUGCCUGGGUGAUCAACGCUCCAGAGGGCAGCAGGAUCAAUGUUGAGAUUACAGACUUUGCAUUGGAGAAGCAAACAAAUGGCACGUGCGUCUAUGACUACCUCGAGUUCUUCAAUGGGCCAAAUGCCUCAUCUCCGUCAAUUGGCAAGUUCUGCGGCACAGUGCAACCUAGUGGGUUCAAGUCCCAGUCUAACUCCGUUCGUAUUGUGUUCCGCACACACGUCAACAUAACUGAUAGGGGUUUCAGACUGACGUACUCGUUAGAUUGCGGCCCUCUGACAAUAGAAAAUGGUGGUGUUACCUUUUCCAAUAAUGCUACAACAUAUAACGAGACAGCCACGUACACUUGUGCGACGGGGUACUAUCUGACUGGAGAUGCUGUGCGCACCUGUGAUACUUCUGGCAUUUGGAGCAUGUCCGCUCCGACAUGUGUCAUUUAUGAUUGUGGAAAUCCAAGCGAGCCUGAAAAUGGACUUGUGAACUAUGCUGAAGGGACAACGUACAAUCAAUCUGCCGCAUAUUCAUGUAUCCCUGGAUAUGAAAUGAAUGGAAUUAUGCUCAGAGUUUGUCAAGCAGACGGAUCCUGGAAGGGCACUUCACCGACCUGCCAGUUACGUGACUGUGGCAAUCUGACAGUAAACAAUGGUGUUGUUACCUUCUCCAAUGGAGCUACAACAUAUAAUGCGACAGCCACCUACACUUGUUAUACGGGAUACCUUCUAAAUGGAGAAGCUGUGCGCACCUGUGAGGCAUCUGGCAGUUGGAGCAGUCCUGCACCGACUUGUGUCAUCCGGGACUGUGGUGUGUUGCAAGAGCCAGUCAACGGCACUGUCCAGGUGGGGCUAACAACGUUCGGCUCGUGGGCUACGUAUGUGUGCAAUCCAGGGUUAUACCUGUUGGGCAACCAGUACAGACAGUGUGAUCAAACAGGAAACUGGACUGGAACAGAAUCUGUUUGCUUAGGCCGCGGGCUACUCAAUUUUGCUGUUGGGAAGGUGACAAGCCUCAGUCUGUUGGCGCCGCACACUGGAUCAGUUGCGGUAGAUGGAGACACAAGCUAUGAUAACCUGACAUGCUUCACCACAAACAUGGACGGCGGCGUUUGGUGGCAGGUGGAUAUUGGGACAGUGAUCCAGGUGCACACAGUUACAAUCUACUACAAAGUGGAGUGCUGUGGCGACACGGCAUUGACUAUUGCGGUGCUCAUGGGUCAGACGCAGGCAGAGGUCUCUUUGAAGGGUAGUCACGGUCUUCAUUACAACUACACCUCGUUCACUUUCUAUGCUAACGACACCACACUGGCUCAGUUUGUGAGGCUUCAGUCAGCUGGUCAGUUAGGGCAACUGGCUGUCUGUGAAGUGAAGGUGUAUGGAAAAGAGAUUGAUUGUGGCCCAUACCACAGUAAUGUGGUUAACAUGAGUAUUUCUGCAAAUCGGACAGUGUAUGGUUCAAUAGUUGAGUACACGUGUUUAACUGGUCACAUGAUCUCGAGGGGGGUGAAUAGUUUCACGGCGCUGUGUACGAUUGAUGCUACGUGGAAUGGGACCGCUCCAAACUGCAGACAAACAGACUGUGGGCCGCUGUCUCACCCAAAUAAUGGUCGAGUGUUUGUUCCGAGUAGAAAUUACCAAGCAAUUUCAUCAUAUACCUGUAACCGGGGCUAUUGGCUGAAUGGAACGAAUGUGCGAACCUGUCACUCAAUUGGGUUGUGGGAUGGAGAAGCUCCUCGCUGUGUGCUCAUAGACUGUGGCAGUUUGACUGCUCCUGCCAACGGGGUUGUUACCGGUAACAGCGUCUACAACAGCACCGCUGUCUACACGUGUGAUGUCGGCUUUGAGAUUGUCUCCGGAGACGCUACAAGAAUAUGUCUAGAAGAAGCAGCCUGGACUGGAAUUGAGCCUAAUUGCUCUAGGAAAGAUUGUGGUACCGUGAAUACUCAGCUGACGAAUGGUAAACCUGUUACUCAGACGGGAACGAAGUACGAGGACACAAUUCUCUACGAGUGCACUCUGGGAUAUAUGCUAUCACGGGGCGUAGUGAGCCGUCUGUUGUACUGCUCAAGUAACGGCAUCUGGAACGGAACUGCUCCUACACGCUGUGUGCAAGCAGACUGUGGUCCACUGAGUUCCCCUAGCAACGGUCGUGUUGCGGUCCCAAGGACUGUGUAUCAGUCGCCGGCCAGCUUCACAUGCAAUCCUGGCUACGACCUCAUUGGCAGUAACGUGCGCCAUUGUGCAGCAGACGGUAUCUGGUCCAACAGUACACCCGUCUGUCAGAUCAAAGAUUGUGGCAGAGCUUCUAACAUAAGCAAUGGUUCAGUAAACGACACAGCGACUACGUUUGGUGCCCUUGUCGUGUACACGUGUAAUACAGGGUACCGGAUUAAUGGGACAGCAGCCUCUAUCCGGUGUGGCACAGAGGGACAUUGGGACGGAGAAAUCCCAACGUGUGUUCUAUAUGACUGUGGUACAAUAGAUAGCCCGCCAAAUGGGGUUGUGAACCAGUCUGAAGGUACGCUCUACAAUGCCACUAUUCACAUCUCCUGUCUCCGUGGCUUCUAUAGGAGUCCUGACCAGCCUAGCCGGACAUGUGCUCAUGGCGGGAACUGGAGUGGGUUUCCUGUCUCCUGUUUGAUACGUGAUUGUGGCCUGCCUGCGUCUGUAGCAAACAGUGUGUACAGACUUACUGCAGAGAACAAAACCACUUACGGGAGCCACGUCAACUACAGCUGUGUAACGGGCUAUUUUCAGUCUGGUGGAGUGUCACAGCUCGAGUGUAACGCGGAGGGUCAGUGGACAGGCAACCGUUUCAACUGCACAAUCUAUGACUGUGGAGUCCCACCUACCCACAACCACACCCAGGUCAAUGUGACGAGUUCAAUUUACGGGUCUACAGUGUUUUACAGCUGUAUGACCGGCUACAACCGGACCUACAGAGGGAACUCGACCUUAACGUGCAAUGCUACUGGCCACUGGGACGGCACAGUAGACCCCUGUUUACUUGUUGACUGUGGUACAAUAGAUAGCCCGCCAAAUGGGGUUGUGAACCAGUCUGAAGGUACGCUCUACAAUGCCACUAUUCACAUCUCCUGUCUCCGUGGCUUCUAUAGGAGUCCUGACCAGCCUAGCCGGACAUGUGCUCAUGGCGGGAACUGGAGUGGGUUUCCUGUCUCCUGUUUGAUACGUGAUUGUGGCCUGCCUGCGUCUGUAGCAAACAGUGUGUACAGACUUACUGCAGAGAACAGAACCACUUACGGGAGCCACGUUAACUACAGCUGUGUAACGGGCUAUAUUCAGUCAGAUGGAGUGUCACAGCUCGAGUGUAACGCGGAGGGUCAGUGGACAGGCAACCGUUUCAACUGCACAAUCUAUGACUGUGGAGUCCCACCUACCCACAACCAUACCCAGGUCAAUGUGACGAGUUCAAUUUACGGGUCUACAGUGUCUUACAGCUGUAUGACCGGCUACAACCGGACCUACAGAGGGAACUCGACCUUAACGUGCAAUGCUACUGGCCACUGGGACGGCACAGUAGACCCCUGUUUACUUGUUGAUUGUGGCCUGCCUGCGUCUGUUGCGAAUAGUUUGUACAGACUUGACGGAGAGAACAUAACUACUUACUUGAGCCUCGCCAACUACAGCUGUGUAACGGGCUAUUACCAGUCUGGGGGCGUGUCUCAGCUCGAAUGUAACAUGGAGGGUCAGUGGACAGGCAACCGUAUCAACUGCACAAUCUAUGACUGUGGAGUCCCACCUACCCACAGUCACACCCAGGUCAAUAUCACAAUGUCAACAUACGGAUCCAAAGUGUCUUACAGCUGUAUGACCGGCUACAACCGGACCUCCAGAGGGAACUCGGCCAUGACAUGCAAUUCUACUGGCCACUGGGACGGCAAAGUUGACCCAUGUUUACUUGUCGUGAACUACAUCCCGAAAACAGGACACAAUUAUCUAUUGAGCUUCAAACAGAAUGAAGGGGAGGGAGCUACUUCAAAUUGUGGCCUGCCGACGUCUGUAGCUAAUAGUGUGUACAGACUGAAUGAAGAGAACAGAACCACUUACGGGAGCCACGUAAAUUACAGCUGUGUAAUGGGCUAUUACCAAUCUGGAGGAGUGUCACAGCUCGAGUGUAACACGGAGGGCCAAUGGACAGGCAACCAUAUAAACUGCACAAUAUAUGACUGUGGAGGCCCACCUAACCACAGCAACGCCCAGGUCAAUAUGACAAGGUCAACGUACGGGUCCACAGUGUCUUACAACUGUAUGACGGGCUACAACCGGACCUCCAAAGGGAACGCGGCCUUGACAUGCAAUGCUACUGGCCACUGGGACGGCACAGUAGACCCAUGUGUACCUGUCGAUUGUGGCCUGCCUGCGUCUGUAGCGAACAGUGUGUACAGACUGGAUGGAGAGAACAGAACUACUUACUUGAGCCUCGUCAACUACAGAUGUGUAACGGGCUAUUACCAGUCUGGGGGAGUGCCACAGCUCGAGUGUAACACGGAGGGUCAGUGGACAGGCAACCGUGUCAACUGCACAAUCUAUGACUGUGGAGUCCCACCUACCCACAGCCACGCCCAGGUAAAUGUGACAAGGUCAACGUACGGGUCAACAGUGUCUUACAGAUGUAUGACCGGCUACAACCGGACCUCCAGAGGGAACUUUGUAAUGACAUGCAAUGCUACUGGCCACUGGGACGGCACAGUAGACCCCUGUUUACUUGUUGAUUGUGGCCUUCCUGCAUCUGUAGCGAACAGUGUGUACAGACUGAAUGGAGAGAACAGAACCACUUACGGGAGCGUCGUCAACUACAGCUGUGUAACGGGCUAUUACCAGUCUGGGGGAGUGUCACAGCUCGAAUGUAACACGGAGGGUCAGUGGACAGGCAACCGUAUCAACUGCACAAUAUAUGACUGUGGAGUCCCACCUACCCACAGCCACGCCCAGGUCAAUAUGACAAGGUCAACAUAUGGGUCCACAGUGUCUUACAGCUGUAUGAACGGCUACAACCGGACCUCAAGAGGGAACUCGGCCAUGACAUGCAAUGCUUCAGGCCACUGGGACGGCAAAGUUGACCCAUGUCUACUUGUCGAUUGUGGCUUACCGACGUCUGUAGCAAACAGUGUGUACAGACUGAAUGGAGAGAACAGAACCACUUACGGGAGCAACGUAAAUUACAGCUGUGUAAUGGGCUUUUACCAAUCGGGGGUAGUGUCACAGCUCGAGUGUAACACAGUGGGUCAUUGGACAGGCAAUCAUAUCAACUGCACAAUAUAUGACUGUGGAGUCCCACCAACCUACAACCACGCCCAGGUCAAUAUGACGAGGUCAACGUACGGGUCCACAGUGAAUUACAGCUGUAUGACGGGCUACAACCGGACCUCCAGAGGGAACUCGACCUUGACAUGCAAUGCUACUGGCCACUGGAACGGCACAGUAGACCCGUGUUUACUUGUCGAUUGUGGCCUGCCGACGUCUGUAGCAAACAGUGUGUACAGACUAAAUGCCGAGAACAGAACCACUUACGGGAGCCUCGUCAACUACAGCUGUGUAACGGGCUAUUAUCAGUCUGGGGGAGUGUCACAGCUCGAAUGUAACACGGAGGGUCAGUGGACAGGCAACCGUAUCAACUGCACAAUCUAUGAAUGUAGAGUCCCACCUAUCCAUAGCCACGCCCAGACCAAUAUGACAAGGUCAACAUACGGGUCCACAGUGUCUUACAGCUGUAUGACCGGCUACAACCGGACCUCCAGAGGGAACUCGGCCCUCACAUGCAAUGCUACUGGCCAUUGGGACGGCACAGUUGACCCAUGUUUACUUGUUGAUUGUGGCAUGCCUGUGUCUGUAGCAAACAGUGUGUACCGACUGAAUGCAGAGAACAGAACCACUUACGGGAGCCUCGUCAACUACAGCUGUGAAAUGGGCUAUUACCAAACUGGGGGAGUAUCACAGCUCGAGUGUAACACGGAAGGACAGUGGACAGGCAACCGUAUCAACUGCACAAUUUAUGACUGUGGAGUCCCACCUAUCCACAGCCACGCCCAGGUCAAUAUGACAAGGUCAACAUACGGGUCCACAGUGCCUUACAGCUGUAUGACCGGCUACAACCGGACCUCCAGAGGGAACUCGGCCUUGACAUGCAAUGCUACCGGUCACUGGGACGGCACAGUAGACCCAUGUUUGCUUGUCGAUUGUGGCUUACCUGCGUCUGUUGUGAACAGUGUGUACAAACUGAAUGAUCAGAACAGAACCGCUUACGGAAGCCACGUCAACUACAGCUGUGUAAUGGGCUAUUACCAAUCCGGGGGAGUGUCACAGCUCGAGUGUAACAAUGAGGGUCAGUGGAAAGGCAACCGUAUCAACUGCACAAUCUAUGACUGUGGAGUCCCACCUACCUUCAACCACGCCCAGGUCAAUAUGACAAGGUCAACGCACGGGUCCACAGUGUCUUACAGCUGUAUGACCGGCUACAACCGGACUUCCAGAGGGAACUCGUCCAUGACAUGCAAUGCUACUGGCCACUGGGAUGGCACAGUAGACCCCUGUUUACCUGUCGACUGUGGAAUUCCACCUACCCACAACCACACCCAGGUCAAUAUGACGAGGUCAACAUACGGGUCCACGGUGUCUUUCAGCUGUAUGACCGGCUACAAACGGACCUCUAGAGUGAACUCGGCCAUGACAUGCAAUGCUACUGGCCACUGGGACGGCACAGUAGACUCCUGUUUACUUGUCGACUGUGGAGCCCCACCUAACAACACACACGCCCAGGUCAAUAUGACGAGGUCAACAUACGGGUCGACAGUGUCUUACAGCUGUAUGACUGGCUACAACCGGACUUCCAGAGGGAACUUUGUCAUGACAUGCAAUGCUACUGGCAACUGGGACGGCAUAGUAGACCCCUGUUUACCUGUCGACUGUGGCCUGCUGUCUGCCCCCAGUAAUGGUGCCAUACAAUUGUCAGGGACACACUUCCUGGAUACGGCCGUGUUCUCAUGUCACCGUGGAUACCAGCUCUCUGGCCCCCCUAGUCUAACAUGUCAACUAAAUGCAUUAUGGGACAAUAUCCUACCAGUGUGUCAACUGAGAGACUGUGGUCGAUUGGCUGCCCCGAGUCAUGGGUCAGUGACCCUGACUGGCACGGUGUUUGGGAGUGUAGCGACGUACACGUGUAACACAGGCUACUAUGUGAGUGGUAUCAUCAACCGUGUCUGCACGGAGAAUGGCACAUGGGGUGGAGCGGAGACCUCCUGUCGAAUAUAUGAAUGUGAGCCGUUGCAAGCGCCUGACAACGGGAACCUCAUGGUGAAUGGUUCCCAGUAUGGGACAAUGGCCCAGUUCAGCUGUAGUUUAGGGUACCAGCUUUUCGGGCAUGAAACCUUGUCCUGCAUCGAACCAGGCAUCUGGAACUUUGGUGUUCCAACAUGUGCAAUCACCAAUUGCGGAGGCCUGGUAGAUCCACCAAAUGGUCGUGUGUCUGCCACUGAGACAACAUUUGGUCAAGUGGCAUCGUAUACAUGCAACUCUGGGUACCUGUUGAAUGGAAUGCAGAACCGUGUUUGCAUGACAGACGGACAGUGGUCUGGAACAGAGCCAGUGUGUAGACCGCGAGAAUGUGGCAUGCCCCCAUCCCCCCGCAAUGGCUACGCUAACUACACGGGUGUAACAUUCAUGAGCUCUGUACUCUACCAAUGCAACAAGGGCUACCGGCUGGCUGGUUCCCAGUCUGCCUCGUGUCAGGCAACUGGCUCCUGGUUACCAUCAUUCCCACCCACAUGCAUCAUCAAAGACUGUGGUACAAUAAACCACAUGGUAUUGGGGUCGGUGACUUAUACACAAGGCACCGUGUACAACAGUAUUGCCACUUUUUCUUGUCCCCUUGGUUACCGAUUGCUUGGAAACAGAACUGUCACCUGCCUGGAAACUGGGAUGUGGAGUGCCAAUGCACCUGCAUGUACACCAGUGGACUGUGGUACGUUAGCCCCGCUGUCUGCGGGCCAGGUCACAUAUCAGACAGGAGAGACUGUGUUUGAAAGCGUUGCAAUAUUCUCAUGCAAUGUUGGUCACAUCCGUAUGGGGCAAAAUAGCACGAUAUGCACAGCAAAUGGCAGUUGGGACCCCUCCGAGCCACCUAUCUGCCAGAUCAGAAACUGCGGGAACGCUCCCUCUGUCCCAUUUAGUACUUCUAAUGGGACAGGCACAGUAUAUGGCAGUACAAGAUUCUACACUUGUAACACCGGGUACCGGUUGGCUGGGGAGAGGCUGAUUACUUGCAGGGAGGAUGGUAUCUGGAGUACCCCACCCGCCUGUGUAACCAUCAUGUGCACAAGCCUAACCCUGAGGAAUGGUCAGGUGACCAGUAUGAGUGGAAAUGUGUUUGGCAGCACAAUAACGAUACAGUGUAACCAAGGAUACUACACCAACGGAUCCAGCUCUCUAACCUGUGGCCCUGAGGCACAGUGGAUACCAAACACCUUGUGUCUUAUCCAUGACUGUGGCCCAGCUCCAGAUGUUGGUCAGGGCACUGUGGUCCUCACACAGGGAACCAUCUUUGGCAGCAUAGCACAGCACUCAUGUGAGACCGGGUACCAGAUAUUUGGUCCCGUAUCCAGACAUUGUGGGGAAGCAGGAAAGUGGGAACCAUCAGAGCAGACACGGUGCACCAUAAGAGAUUGUGGUCUCCCAGCCACAGUGGGCAAUGCCACAGUACGUACAGAUGGAGGAACCACCUUCAGUCAGCAGGCAGUGUACAUCUGUAAUGAGGGUUAUGGGAUAUUCGGGAUUAGCACCCUAAGCUGCCUAGCCAAUGGUCAAUGGUCACACUCUCCACCCAUGUGUAGAAUCACUGACUGUAAAGGCCUCAGUAACCCCCCCAAUGGCAAGGUUGUUGCAGCCGACACUACAUUUGGUCAGGUGGCCACAUACACUUGUGAUGUCGGGUACCAGCUAUCCACUGCAAAUGGAGCCAGACGGUGUCAGGCAGAUGGCACCUGGUCCGGACAGCAACCAACAUGCAGGAUCACAGAUUGUGGAGCUCUGAUGUCACCAACAUCAGGAGUGGUGGAGUAUGAGCAGUCCACAUAUGGCAGCCAGGCGGUCUACAAAUGCAACAGAGGCUUUAACCCAGACAGUGGAGUGGUUAGGACAUGUCAGGACACAGGGAAGUGGUCUGGCCUGCCGCCCGUCUGCAUAGUGGUUGACUGUGGCAAUAGGACAACAUUAGAGAAUGGUCGUGUAUUGUUUGCCCCAUCCUCCACACAGUAUGGAGCCACUGUUAUACUGGCAUGUAACCUUGGAUACCGGUUACUAGGCAACAGCAGUGUAACCUGUACAGAGUCUGGAGCAUGGAGCACACUGCCUUUGUGUCAAGUGAUAGAUUGUGGCCAGAUGCCCAGCGUGUCCAAUGGUCAGGUAUUGAAAUCGACUGGUAUGGAAUAUGGCAGCACAAUGACCUAUGGCUGCCUGACUGGGUACGAGCUACAGGGCCCUGCUGUGGUCUCAUGUCUGGAUACAGGGUCGUGGAGUGUACCGGCACCUGUGUGUGACCCUGUGGACUGUGGCCAGUUACUGCCUCCAAACAAUGGCAAUCUGACAGUUCAGGGAACCAUCCUAGGCUCUGUGGCUGCAAUCACUUGCAAUGUCGGGUACCAGGUAGUUGGCUCCCCAAUGCGUAUCUGCCAGGCCAACAAAGCUUGGAGUGGAACCAGUCCUGUGUGUAACAUCAGAGUAUGUCCCUCAGUGUCAAGCCCCGUGAAUGGCAAGGUGAGUCUGACUCCCCCGUCCCCAGUCUACGGUAGUGUGGCCAGGUACACGUGUGACUACAUCUACCAGCUGUCUGGGCAAGCAACCUUGACCUGUCGAUCAGAUGGCGCCUGGAGCUCACCAUUCCCUACCUGCAUACUUAAAGCUGGGUUCACGUCCGUGACUACAGAGGUCAAGUUGAACUCAACUCUGCCAGUUGGUACUGACCUUACAAACAAGGACACUUAUGCCCGUUACGAGCAGGAAGUCAUCAGAUCGCUUGAGGAGUAUUACAGAAAGUAUCUUGGCCAGGAUAUUAAAAUUGUCGUCAACAAUUUGAGAGCGGGCAGUCUCCUGGCCAAUUUCAGCAUCAUUUUUCAAAACACGACUUCUGCAAAUCAGAAUCUCACCAAGGCUGUGUCCCAGCUUGGAAGUGGAGCAACAGCCGUGACAGUGUUUAACCAGACUGUCACACCUACGGAGUUGUCUAUCAAAAAUGAAACAGUUGUUGGCGGAGGGGCUGUAAAUCCCAGGCUGACGUGUGAGGUCUACCAGCUAUUGAUAGGCCCUUGUGACCAGGGAUAUAUGUGUCAGGUUGUCAACAGUGUACCGGAGUGCAUGCCAGAUCCAUCAACCAAUUGUGGAGUACCUGUUGACAUAGAUAACGGCUAUGUCACAGUACGUAAUGGUAUACUAUACGGAGCCAUAGCCGAGUACACAUGCAAUAUUGGAUAUGGGUUGUCUGGAAACACAAAUACCCGGACCUGUCAGCCUAGCGGGAGAUGGUCUGGGAUAGAGCCCACUUGUCAGCCUAAAGAUUGUGGACCAGUGACAGCUCCCCAGAAUGGGCGGAUUAUUUCCACAUAUGGCACAACUUUCAACAGCAGGAUUGUCUUCUCCUGUAACCUUGGUUACAGCCUCAUAGGUGUCGCCACCAUUAUGUGUGAGAGUGAUGGACGGUGGAACGCUCCCCCACCCACCUGCAUUUACACCGUUUGUGGAGAUGUAGAGGGCCCGUUGUUUGGCAGCGUGUUUCUCUCUGUCACUGGCCAAACAGCUGUGUACACAUGUCGGACUGGGUACCAACUGCAGGGCAACGCCACCAGGACCUGUCUGCCUUCAAACAUGUGGAGUGGGACUAAACCAGACUGCACAAUCAAAAACUGUGGAACAUUGCCCCACCCCACAAAUGGUGCUGUGGAUGUGACUGAGGGUACGACAUAUGGUGCUGUUGCCAGGUACAAGUGUGUCACAGCGGGGCACGUCCUGGUGGGCAGCAGCCUACGCACAUGUGAGGCUGACGGCACAUGGUCUGGACAGCCUCCCAGCUGUGUUAUUAUACGAUGUGGGGUGCUGUUUCCUGUCGCCAAUGGCAAUGUUGUGAUGUCUGGGACGUUGCUAGGUGACAAGGCGUUCUACACCUGUGACUCUGGUUACCGCAUGGCUGGUCCAAGCAAUCUCUCCUGCCUAGAAACUGGCUGGUCAGAUCUCCCACCCACCUGCAUCGCCACAGGUGACUGUGGUAGCCUGUUUGGCCCCACCAAUGGCAGGGUGACCUUGAACUCUACCGUGAGGGGCUCACGUGCCUCAUACUCCUGCAGUCCUGGCUACUUCCUGUCUGGUCCGGCAAAUCGCACCUGUCAGCUCGACAACACCUGGAGUGGGACUACGCCCAUAUGCAAUAUAGUUGACUGUGGUAUUCUCCCAAGUCCUGAGGGAGGGGUGAUCCAGAUGUUGUCAGGUUCAACGUAUGGUACAGUGGCCACUCUCACCUGUAACACUGGCUACACGCUGGUCGGCCCUUCCAGCAUGACAUGUCUACAAGAUGGCAGAUGGUCCUACAACCCUGCCUGCUCCAUCAAGAACUGUGGAACACUGGGUAACCCGACCAACGGCUUUGUGGACACUGUAGCUGGUACCACGUAUGGUUCCACUGCCCAGUACAUGUGUAAUCCGGGCUACAAUCGACAGGGAACCAGCACGCGUAGUUGCCUAGCUACAGGACAGUGGUCCGGUAGUGAACCAACAUGUACAGUAAAAGACUGUGGCCCCCUGCCUGCACCCAGUGAGGGCACCGUGACCUCCCAGAAGGGCACUACUUACGGACAGACGGCACGCUACACCUGCAACCCUGGUUACCAGUUGCUAGGGGCGACCACCAGACUGUGUCAGGAGAACGGACUGUGGACAGAGGAGACACCAGUCUGCAGAAAGUACGUAUGUCCCAGUCUGGCCUCUCCAAGCAAUGCAACAGUAGCAAUGUCUUUUGGGCAGGAGGUCACCUCAGUGGCCACAUACACCUGUAAUACCGGGUACCAGCUGAGUAACCAGUCCCUGGGCACCAGGACAUGUGGGCCCAUGGGGCAGUGGAAUGGGACUGCUCCAACCUGCUUUCUCAUUGAUUGUGGUCCCCUACCAGUACCUACAUUUGGCCAGGUAGCCUUCAGUGGACAGACAACGUACGGGAACACAGCCAUUCUCACAUGUAACCGUGGUUACACACCACUCAGUCAGAAUGUCCGCAUCUGCUCGUCCAGCAGUCAAUGGAGUGGGGUGGAGUUCCAGUGCAAAGUGAUUGACUGUGGCCCAGUGACCUCCCCAGCCCAGGGGUCAGUUUCCUACCCUGCUGGUACCCAAUUCUCCCAGGAGGUGAUCUACGUGUGCAAGGAAGGCUAUGGUGUACAGGGGACUGGCAGACGAGUGUGUGGAGACAAUGGAACAUGGUCUGGGAAUCAGCCUACUUGCGCACUAAAAGAUGAAUAUGCCCUGGCGAUUGGUUUGGGGGUAGGAUUGGGUGGUGGUGUAAUUUUCAUCAUCAUCAUUGUUGUCACCGCCGUAUUCCUCUACCAGAGGUCACAUAGGAUGGUAACAAAAAGACGUCCCACAUACGUGCCAACGUUUUCUGAUGCCUCUAACCUGCCACUGAAGAUCAACACUGGCGUCCCCAACCUGCUUGUGCCCUACACUGAAGAGGUGGAGUACUUACCACAUGACCAGGUCUUCACAGUGGAUAAUACGUUCUACUACAACCAACCCACAGAGAGUGCAUACACCCACUACGACACGUAACCCCAGCAAGGAUCAACACUACCCAGUAUGGACCAAGUAAGGGGGACAACUCUGCAUGUUUGAAAGGCUAUGUCACCUCGGUAACAUUAUCUCUUAUGUGCCGACAGAAUGAGAACAUUGAGGAGAGUCCCUGUUGAAGAUGAAAUGGAUUAAAUCAGCUUAAAAAUUCAGAAAAUGAACUUUUUUUAUUGUUGUCACUGUUGUUCAAUAUUAUAUAUUUGUAUUACAAUCUUUUGAGUGUGCGCUUUUGAUAUAACUGUUAAAGUGAUCUUCAAAAUAGUGCUAAUUUUUUGUCUAAGUAUUAUAUCUAUUGAUCUAUUACCCUAUAUACAUGUCUGAUAAUAUUUACAUCCCUUGCAAAACAUAUUGAAAUAAAACAUUCAAGCAUUAUGAAUUGUAUAUGAUCUCACUCAAAAAAACAUUACGAGAUUAACAAAGGCUUGUCAUAUGUACAGGCAGCACAGGCUUAACCCUUUGCAUGCUGGGAAAUUUGUCAUCUGCUAAAAUGUCUUCUGCUGAAUUUCUUAAAUUAGCAUUUUCUUCGAUUUUUUUUCAAAGAAUACUAUCAGAAUAGCAAACAGUUUGGAUCCUGAUGAGACGCCACGUUCUGUGGCGUCUCAUCUGGAUCCAAACUGUUUGCAAAGGCCUUCAAAAUUCGGUUCCAGCACUGAAAGGGUUAAACGAAACUUUAUGCAUAUGCAUUAAAGCCUGUUUUCCCAGACCGAGGCACAUAGCUUUUAUUUCAAAUGUAAAUAAUGUGGACUUCUAUGAAAAUGCAGAUCUGUUAAUUACAUAAGCAGGAAUAUGCACGGUUAAAAGCUAUGAGAAAAGUAAAUGUACUGGUUUUAAGGUGUCCCUGUGCAUAUAAGCUCAACUGGGUAAGUCAUCUUAACUAUUAAUUGUUUGCAUUAUGCAAUAAAACCAUGAUGGAUGAUUUUGAUCACUGAAAUAUGUAUAAAUUAACUAAAUUUAACUUAAUAAAAUGCCCACCACAGUU